AAACUGGUCGACUACAACAACUUGUAUUCAGCUAUGUCGAUCAUUUCUGCACUCCAAGUGGAGUGCAUUUAUCGACUACGUCACACCUGGGCCGGUUUGGGUAACAAAGAUAGGAGUACCUAUCGUCGUCUAGAGGAGUUGUUUAGCCAGAACGACAAUUGUCGACGUCAACGGGAGCACAUGAACGCGAUCUCCUUGCCCGGGAUCCCAUAUCUGGCUUCUUGGUCCAUUUUAUUUUGUUUCUCUGCAUUGUAUCAUCAGACGUAUAUCGUGCUUGAAGCUAGAUUGAUUCCGUAUCAGGAGCAAAAUCUGUAA